GGUUUGAAGACGAAGGGAGCGGAGAGCUAGAGACGCUCGUGGAAGGACAUGAACGACAUGGCGGAUCUAAAAUAGUCACUCGAAAAAAGCAAAGAAUGUACAUGUAAUACCUAUAGCUACGCGGCGCUGUACUACGAUUUGGUGUAAAGUGGGUUUGCAACACUGUUUUAGCCGCAUUCAUCUUCCUACAUGUAACCACUGAACCGGAUGGAAAUGAACUGUUGCCACAAGUUACAGUUUUUUAUGACCUGAUGACCUGAUUGGAGCAGUUGUAAGUUGUCUCCAAGGGCAGCUCGACGUGGGGGGGGAAAAACUUCAUCUUGCCUGAAAUAAAGAAAAACCAGAUUCAUUUCUGCCCAGCCGAUGUGCCAUUCGGUGCCACAAUGAAUCCCUACUUGAGAAACCUCCUGAUAUUAACUUUGAUUGGGACAGUGAACUUUUUUGUGUUCAUGUUCAUGUCUGGACGCUCGUCGCUUCUCUUGGGAAGAACUCCCACUGCCACCAAAUCCUCUGUUAGUAAUGAUAAGGCCAUUCGCUAUAUUGACGAGUUGGUACGGCAUGGAGUUCAUGGAUACCACCCUCCAACUUUAAAAGAAUCUAUGGGAAAUGUCCACACUGAAGAAACUGGGAGAAGUUUUAUCUUUAGGAUUCCAACAAACAGCUCUAGAAUACAAGAAAAAAACAAUGUUAUACCUUCCAGGACAUCUUUUAAUUCAACAAAUGUAGUCGGUCAAGUAGACCCGGGCAGUCACAGUGUGGACCAGCCAGCCAUUGGCAUGUUUGCAUUGUACAGCCGUGAUGAUUCGGCACGCAUCAACCCCCAUGGCUAUCGACUGAUGCUGGAUGAACCCCAGGCCUGCUUUGACGCCUCAGGGACCCCCAAGGAUGUGUUCCUCCUGGUGCUCAUCUCCACAAUCCACAAGAACUUUGAGCAGCGCCACGCCAUCCGGGAGACCUGGGGGAGCCUGCGGGAGGUGGACGGCAAGCAGGUUGUCACCCUGUUCUUGCUGGCAUACAACGAGGAUGCCCGGCUCCAGAGGCAGGUUGAGGAAGAGUGCAGCGAACACCACGAUCUCCUCCAAGAGGACUUUAAAGACACCUACAAGAAUCUGACAUUGAAGACCAUCAUGGGGAUGAAGUGGGCCAGCACGCACUGUCCCCAAGCCUCCUACGUCAUGAAGACGGACGACGACAUGUACGUCAGCUACGAUAACCUGGUCAAGCACCUGAGAGAUGCCAGGACUCCUUCGGUCAACUACGCUGCUGGGUACGUGAUAAACGGUGGCCCCAUUCGGGACCCAAAGAGUAAGUGGUACAUGCCCAAGGAGAUUUACCCUGGUACCAAAUACCCACCGUUUAUGUCUGGAACUGGGUACAUGAUGUCUGGAGAUGUUGCAGGAAAGAUUUAUGAAUCGUCCCUCAACCACAAGUACCUCCAUCUGGAGGAUGUCUUCGUGGCGGUCUGCCUGGACGACUUGAAAAUCAAGCCCGUCAAGCACAAGGAUUUCCACAAUUGGCGUACCGUGUACUCAUACUGCCGCUUUCGCAACCUCAUCACCACCCACAUGGUCUCACCCUCUGAAAUGCACAGGAUUUGGAAGGACCAGCACCGCCAGCAUGCAGUGAGAUGCUAGGUUGUUGUUCUCUGCUUCUGAUUUUGGAGCAUUUCUGUCUGAUGGCUUUUCCUCGUGGAAAUGAAAUCACCUCUGCAAGGGCAUAACCAAGAGCAUCGAUUUCACUUGACAAAGGCCAUUCCCAAAUGCUUAUCGCCUACAAUAACACCUGUUAGGUAGCAAAUAAUAUGGAGCAGUUGUUGACUUGGAAUGAAACCUGUUCUUCGCUUUCAGUAGGUCAAAUUCCUGUUCCCAGCAUAUCUUCAAGUUCCAAAAUUUCCUGAAAGCGUGAUGAACGUUGCAUGUCACAAAAGAUAACAUACAUGAUUUUCCAAUAACUGAAAAUUAGAGAAUUUUCCAAUGAGUGAAGCCAACCAAUGAGUGAAGCCAACAGCUGGCUUCAGGUGUGUAAAGGCCAAGAGAAGAGGUCUCUUGCCAGGGCCGUUUUCCGAUACUAAACUUCGCCUCUGUCUCAGGCUUCGUGUAGGAAACCAAUCCCUGAUUGUGGGCCUGAAGCAUUUAACUUAGAUUAAAGCACU